AUGCCCGUUGAAGGUUAUAGGGUUAGGGUUAAACUAUCCAAGUUCUACAUAGUGCGUGGUCCGACGCGCCCCCGUCCGAUUUUCUCCGUCCCUGAUUGGCCGCCCGUGCGUGCUCCCGCUCCCGCCUCCGCGUGCCCGCAGUGGGGCCCGGUCACAGUCGAGCUCCCUCUUCCUCUUCCCUUCUCAUAUCUCAUGGCACAGAUGCUGGUGGUACAGCAGGCAGUUCAGAUGGCCGAGGAUGGGCAGGUGGAGCACCCUGCAGAUGCGCUGGAUGCCAUGCGUGAACGCUUCCUCCUCCCAGGAGUGGCUGCCCCCUUUGGCUGGGUGACCCGGCUGCGGACAUUCGGCAAGCGAGUGCAGAACACCACCACGAGUCUAGGGUAUGUCUACUGGAGCGAUGACCAGCAGACUCUAAGCUACAGAGAGCUGCAUCUAAGCAUAGCAGGGCUCCGGCGCUUCGUGCGCACGCAGGUGGAGCUGACACAGCACAAGCUUGAGCAGCUCUUUCUUGUUCAUGAAGAGGAAGCACGGGAGGUGGUAGUGCCACGCCUGGUGCUGGCCCAGCUGGCGGACAGCCCUACAAACAAUCAGCGCGGCUGGAACUUCCUUCGAGCACCGCAGAACUGCAAGGCCCUUCCAACCACAGGGGAGCGAUGGCUGCUGGACCGAGUCCUCACAACAGACAGGCUCCGGGCAGAGUGGGUAGCUGUACGGCCAUCUGAUCAUCAGGUGGUCUGGGACACAGCAGUGGUAGAUGACUAUCUGCAGCAGGUGGAUGGAUUUCUUGAGCAGCUGCUUCUUGUGGUUCAUCUCACUGGGGGCCAGCCUGCGCGGGCCACAGAGCUGCUCAGCAUACGGCACAGUAACACGGUCUGCGGCCGCCACCGCAGCAUUUUUAUUGAACAUGGGCUGGUGAGCAUGGUGACAACCUAUCACAAAGGCUACAGCAUGACCAACUCCACAAAGAUCAUCCACCGCUAUCUGCCAGCAGAGGUCAGUGAGCUGGUGGUGUACUACCUCUGGCUGGUUCUACCUUUCGCGCGGGCGGUCCAGCGGCUUGCAUAUGGAGACAGUGAUAGCCAAGGGGGGCUGCGGUCACCAUUUCUCUGGCCGCGGGGGCAUGGACCGUGGGACAGCAGCCGGCUGCGGGUGGUGCUUCAGCGCGAGGCAAAGACACACCUCCAGACCAAGCUCAAUGUAAUCACUUGGCGGCAUGCCGCCAUUGCCAUCUCGCGUAUGCACCUGUCCUGUGGAGGGUUCAAGCGGGAAUAUGGGGCAGAUGAUUCGGCAGUAGACCAGCAGGCAGGCCAUGGAUCCUGGGCUGCAGGUACAGUAUAUGCGCGGGGGCUGCAGGAGGCACCGGGCCACAUUGAGGCACGGCGUGUGCGGUACCAGGCUGUCAGCCGGGAGUGGCAUGAAUUCCUGGGGUUUAACCCAGGCCCAGGGGUGCGAAAGCGGGCACGGAACAUGGAAAACAGCGUUAGCAGAAAGGCUCAAAAACAGCAGCCAUCAUAUGUAACAGUAGAAAUAGAUGACAACAUAGAGCUAUAA